AUGGUCAUGAAGUCCAACAGCCAGGAAACCCUUCCGACGGGGGACCCACUCCCUUCGACACGGCCUACAACGACGGGAGGAGCUGGCACGUCGACCAACGAGCCCUUCAGCGCGACGUCAACGAUUAUGCCCGGCGUGACCUACGAUAUCGAGCAUGUCCCCGUCAAGAACGAUCCUCGUGCUUGUCUUGCCCUCGUCGCGUCGGCUUCAAUGAUCGCGGGCCUUGCAGCGAACAUCCAGAACCCCGCGGUUGAGGAGAUGGAAGAAGACCUGUCAGCUACCAGCUCUCAAUUCAGCUUGAGCAUAGCCAUGUUCAUCCUUAUCCAAGGGCUCAUGCCAUUGUUGUGGAGUGCGAUCAGCGAGGUCAAAGGUCGAAAGACGGUGUACCUCGUAUCGCUCGCCCUGUUUACUCUGGGAACGAUCGUGGUGGCACUCAGUCGACAUAUUAACCUAGUGAUUGGUUUCCGAUGCCUACAAGCCGCGGGAUCGAGCGCCGUAAUGGCCAUCGGCGCAGCAACUCUCGCGGAUAUUUUCGAGCCGGAGGAACGUGGUGCAAAGAUGGGAAUAUACUACAUCGCUCCCCUCCUUGGACCGGCCAUUGGCCCCAUAUUUGGCGGUUUCCUCACCUCCGCGUGGAAUUGGCGCGCCAUAUUCUGGUUCCUCGCUAUCGUUUCCGGCUCCAGUUUCCUCACCUUCGUUCUGUUCUUCAACGAUACUUUCCGCUCGGAACGCAGCCUCACAUACCAGAAUGUACUUAAGCAACGGCUGAGGGAGAGUGCGAACCACUCUUCGGCCCACCUUGCUGCAGAUUCCGGAAAGGAGAAGGCAUCGGUUGGCAAUGCCUGUGGUGAGACGAGCAAGUCGGACGUGGAUAUCGAGAAGACGGCGGCGAAGACGAGCACAGAGGAGGUCCAGCCGGAACUUCCCCCCAUGGUCAGCCUCUCGAUAACGGAUGUCAAUCCUUUCAAACCUAUGGGACAAGUCCUGUUUAGGAAGAACAACUUCAACGUGCUGUUCGCUUCUGGGUUGUUAUUCGCCUUCGCUUUCCUCGUACCAUAUACGAGCGCGCGGACUCUGGCAACGUUCUACCACUAUAGCCCAUUGAAAAUUGGUUUGGUUACGCUCUCCUACGGCGCUGGCAGUGUUGCCGGAAGCUUGCUCGGUGGUCGCUGGUCGGACCGCUCGCUUGCGCAUCUGAAGACCGCCAAUGGGGGGAAAAGCAAUCCCGAGAUGCGUUUGAAGAGCACGAUCAUCGGGGCCUGCUUGCUUCCUCCAUGCUCGAUUGCACUUGGCUGGGUGUGCGAGCAACAUAUACACGUCUCAGCCAUUUGUGUCUUCCUGUUCUUCUCGGGGUUCUUCAAUGUGUGGAUCUAUACGAGCACACUGGCCUACAUCGUUGAUGCCAAUGUGGGCCGCUCGUCCACCGCCGUUGCGGCUAACAGCGCUUUCAGAGGCACAUUUGCGUUUGUGGCGACCGAAAUCGCCGUUCCACUUCAGGAUGGUCUUGGAGACGGGUGGAUGUAUACGAUCUGGGGAGGAAUCAUGGCUCUAAGCGGCGCUCUCGUUCUCCUCGUUUCCUGGAAGGGCGUUCAGUGGCGUCAGGACGCCGAAAAAAGGGAAGCUUCUGCCCAGCAAACAUCAGAGGGAAGGGGUAGCAGGGAUGCCUCAUCUGGUGCAUAG